UUCUCCACGCUUUUUGGGCUUUCACUUCCUUGCUCGGAGGAGGGAGGUAGUGUGCAUUAAAGAUGGCUUACAGUUUUGGAUAUCGCAUCACCAACUACGUCCCAUUCAUCUGAAGGAAAUAUUGGACAGAAGUUUAGAGAAUUCCAGGUGUCAGGAAGAGGGCUGCGAGGUUAAAGCCGUCGCCGCGACGCACCGCGGCCGCCCGCUUCCUAGACAGCUGGCUGGCUAACGUUAGCUAGCUGUGUUCGAUUUCCCUGCUGCUUGUUGCUAUUAUUUGUAAAUAUUAUUCCCGUUAAAAUGGCCACCAUGGAGAAACUGAUGAAGGCCUUCGAGUCGCUCAAGUCUUUCCAGCAACAACAGGGACUACCGCUGGCAGAGGAGCUUGUACAGAAACAGAAGAAAGACCCUGCCACCACCAAAAAGGACAGAGUCACUCAUUGUUUGACAAUAUGUGAAAACAUCGUAGCGCAGUCUUUGAGGACCUCCCCAGAGUUCCAGAAACUGUUGGGCAUCGCCAUGGAGAUGUUUCUGCUCUGCAGCGACGACAGAGAGUCCGACGUCAGGAUGGUGGCCGACGAGUGCCUGAACAAAAUCAUUAAAGCGCUAAUGGACUCCAACCUUCCCCGGCUGCAGCUCGAGCUCUAUAAGGAGAUAAAGAAGAAUGGCGCCUCCCGGAGCCUGAGAGCUGCCCUGUGGCGAUUCGCUGAGCUCUCUCACCUGGUGCGCCCACAGAAAUGCAGGCCCUACCUGGUGAACCUGCUCCCCUGCCUGACCCGGAUCAGCAGGAGGCCCGAGGAGAGCGUGCAGGAGACCCUCGCCGCCGCCAUCCCCAAGAUCAUGGCGCCCUUCGGCCACUUCGCCAACGACGGGGAGAUCAAGGUGCUGCUGAAGGCCUUCGUGUCGAACCUGAAGUCCAGCUCGCCCACCAUCCGCCGCACGGCCGCCAGCUCGGCCGUCAGCGUGUGCCAGCACUCCCGCCGCACGCACUACUUCUACACCUGGCUGCUCAACGUGCUGCUGGGGCUGCUGGUGCCCGUGGACGAUGAGCACCCCAGCCCUCUGAUUCUGGGGGUGCUGCUGACGCUGCGCUACCUGAUGCCCCUCCUCCAGCAGCAGGUGAAGGACACCAGCCUGAAGGGCAGCUUCGGGGUGACCCGCAAAGAGGCCGACAUCGCCCCCACGCCCGAGCAGCUCAUCCAGGUGUACGAGCUGACGCUGCACUACACGCAGCACCGGGACCACAACGUGGUGACGGCCGCCCUGGAGCUCCUCCAGCAGGCCUUCCGAACCCCGCCCCCCGACCUGCUGCACGUCCUCAUCACGCCCGGCGGCAUCGCCCGCGCCAGCAUCACCCGCGAGGAGACCGAGAGCCGCGCCCGCAGCGGCAGCAUCCUGGAGCUCAUCGCCGGAGGGGGUUCCUCAUGCAGCCCGCUGCUCCUCCGAAAACACAAAGGGAAGCUGCUCUCAGGAGAGGAGGAGGGGCUAGAAGAUGACCUUGAGGCGAGGUCAGAGGUCAGCUCCGGAACCUUCACAGCCUCAGUGAACAGCGAGGGCGCCAGCGAGACGGCCGGCUCCUCCUCCUCCGGCGUGUCCACGCUGGACGCGUCGGCGGCGCAUGACAUCAUCACGGAGCAGCCACGCUCCUCGCAGCGCAGCCUGCAGCCGGGCGACUCGGUGGACCUGAGCGCCUCCUCCGAACAGGGCGGGGUCGACACGCCCGAGGAGGAGGAGGAGGUGGAGGGGGAGGAAGGGGAGGAGGACGGCAUGCUGAGCCGCGGCUCCAGCCAGAUCAGCGGCGGCCCGUCCGACACCAACCACCAGGGGGCGCUGUCGCCCGCCAGCGACAGCUCGCAGACCACCACCGAGGGGCCGGACUCGGCCGCCACGCCCUCCGACUGCCCCGAGCUCGUGCUGGACGGCAGUGACAGUCAGUACUCAGGCAUGCAGAUCGGGACGCUGCAGGAUGAGGAAGAGGAGGCAAGCAGCGCUGUGCCUGAGGAGCCACUGGAGCCCUUCUCCCAGCCCAGCCUGGCCCUGAGGAAGCCCCACCUGCUGGAGGGUUUGGGUCACUGCAGGCAGGGGUCGGACAGCAGCGUGGACAGGUUCAUACCGAAGGACGAGGUGCUGGAGCCAGCGGAGCCCGAAAACAAGCCGUCCCGGAUAAAAGGCGAGAUUGGGCACUACACGGACUGCAAGGCCGAGCCGCUGGUCCACUGCGUGCGCCUCCUCUCCGCCUCCUUCCUCCUCACUGGCCAGAAGAACGAUCUGGUGCCCGAUAAGGAGGUGCGGGUGAGCGUGAAGGCGCUGGCGGUGAGCUGUGUGGGGGCGGCUGCUGCCCUGCUCCCCGAAGCCUUCUUCAACAGCCUGUACAGAGAGCCCCUGGAGGGCCAACAGCCCGAGGAGCAGCAGUAUGUGACGGACAUCCUGAACUACAUGCAGCACGGGGACCCCCAGGUCCGGGGGGCCACCGCCGUCCUGUGCGGAGCCAUAAUCUGCGCCGUGCUCCACAAGACCCGCUUCAGCGCCGAGCCCUGGCUGGCCCGCGUCAAGGGCUCCACAGGUCAGCCUGCCCGAGGGACAGCGCCCCCUUUCAGGAGCUUUAACACGUCUCAGACCCAAGCCUGCGAACGAGUUCUGUCCUGUAAGUGGGCUCCAGUGCUGACGGUGCCUCGCCGCACGCCCUCGACUGAGAUCUGUGCUGGUUUCUUUUUUGUGUUCCAGCACUGUCUCAUGGCCCUCUGCACCAGCAGCAGCAGCUUCAGUGAACAGGGCCUGCGGCUGGUCAUCGACCUCCUGACCCUCAGGGACUGCUCCUAUUGGCUGGUGCGGAACGAGCUGCUGGAAACGCUGGGGGACUUGGACUUUCGGUUAGUCAGUUUCCUGGAGAGGAAGACAGCACAUUUGCACAAGGGGGAGCACCACUACACUGGGCUGCUGAAGCUGCAGGAUCGCGUGCUGAACGAGGUGAUCAUACCGCUGCUGGGGGACGAGGACCCGCGGGUGCGGCACGUCGCGGCCGCCACUGUCAGCAGGCUGGUCAGCAGGCUGUUCUACGACUGUGACCAGGGCCAGGCCGACCCUGUGGUUUCCAUAGCGAAGGAUCAGAGCAGCGUUUACCUGCAGCUGCUCAUGCACGAGACGCUGCCCCCCUCCCACUUCACCGUCAGUACUGUCACCAGGAUGUACCGAGGUUACAACCUGUCCCCCAACACGUCUGACGUCACCAUAGAGAACAACCUGUCCAGAGUGAUAACGGCAGUGUCCCACGCGCUCACCUCCUCCACCUCCAGAGCCCUGACUUUUGGCUGCUGUGAAGCCCUGUGCCUCCUGUCCUCCGCAUUCCCAGUGUGCACCUGGAGCAUGGGCUGGCACUGCGGCCUACCCCUGCCAGGCCCGGGGGAUGAUGGGAAGAGGCCCUGUAUGGUGGGCAUGGCCCACAUCGUGCUGUCGCUGCUGUCUUCCGCCUGGUUCCCUCUGGACCUGUCCGCUCACCAGGACGCCCUGCUGCUGGCCGGCAACCUACUGGCAGCGGCGGCCCCAAAGUGCAUGAGGAGCCCCUGGAGCGGGGAGGAGGAGUCCGGCUCUGGCCCCGCCAAGCAGGAGGAGCCAUGGGCGGCUCUGGGCGACCGCUCCCUGGGGCCCAUGGUGGAGCAGCUCUUCACACACCUGCUCAAGAUCCUCAACAUCUGCACCCACGUGCUGGACGAGGUGGCCCCCGGCCCCGCCGUCAAGGCCAGUCUCCCGUCCCUGGCCAACACCCCCUCCCUGAGCCCCAUCAGGAGGAAGGGGAAGGAGAAGGAGGCGACGGACACUGGCUCUGCCCCCAUGAGUCCAAAGAAGAGCGGCGAGGUCAACCCAGCUUCCAGACCAACUGAGAACACGGGGUCAGCUACGAUCAACAAGUCCUCCACGCUGGGCAGUUUCUACCACCUGCCCCCUUACCUGAAACUGUACGACGUGCUGAAGGCCACACACGCCAACUACAAGGUAACGCUGGACCUUCACCACCCCAGCGAGAAGCUGGGAGGCUUCCUGAGGUCCACGCUGGACGUGCUGUCUCAGCUGCUGGAGCUGGCUACUCUCCAGGACAUCGGAAAGUGUGUGGAGGAGAUCUUGGGGUACCUGAAGGCUUGUUUCUCCAGAGAGCCCACCAUGGCGACGGUGUGUGUGCAGCAGCUGCUGAAGACCCUGUUUGGGACCAACCUGGCGUCCCAGUACGACGGGUCCUGGUCCAACCCCAGUAAGGCCCAGGGGAAGGCCCUGCGGCUGGGCUCGUCCAGCCUGAGGCCCGGGCUCUACCACUACUGCUUCAUGGCCCCCUACACGCACUUCACCCAGGCGCUAGCCGACGCUAGCCUGCGCAACAUGGUACAGGCCGAGCACGAGCAGGACGCCUCCGGCUGGUUCGAUGUGAUGCAGAAGCCCUCCCACCAGCUGAGGUCCAGCAUCGCCAACGUCAGCCGCCUUCGAGGGGACAAGAACGCCAUCCACAACCACAUCCGUCUGUUUGAGCCGCUGGUGAUCAAGGCCCUGAAGCAGUACACCACCACCACCUCCGUCCAUCUGCAGCGCCAGGUCCUGGACCUGCUGGCCCAGCUGGUGCAGCUGCGGGUCAACUACUGCCUGCUGGACUCGGACCAGGUGUUCAUUGGCUUUGUGCUGAAGCAGUUUGAGUACAUCGAAGUUGGACAGUUCAGGGACUCGGAAGCCAUCGUUCCCAACAUCUUCUUCUUCCUGGUGCUGCUGUCGUACGAGCGCUACCACUCCAAGCAGAUCAUCAGCAUCCCCAAGAUCAUCCAGCUGUGCGACGGCAUCAUGGCCAGCGGCAGGAAGGCUGUCACGCACGCCAUCCCGGCACUGCAGCCCAUCGUGCACGACCUGUUUGUGCUGCGCGGAUCCAACAAGGCGGACGCCGGCCGCGAGCUGGAGACCCAGAAGGAGGUGGUGGUGUCCAUGCUGCUGCGACUCAUCCAGCACCACCAGGUGCUGCAGAUGUUCAUCCUGGUGCUGCAGCAGUGUCACAAGGAGAACGAGGACAAGUGGAAGAGGCUGUCCCGCCAGAUCGCUGACAUCAUCCUGCCCAUGAUCGCCAAGCAACAGAUGCUCCUGGACUCCCAUGAGGCCCUGGGGGUGCUGAACUCGCUGUUCGAGACGGUGGCCCCCUCCUCGCUGCGGCCCGUGGACAUGCUGCUCAAGAGCAUGUUUGUGACCCCCAGCACCAUGGCCUCCGUGGGCACGCUGCAGCUGUGGGUCUCGGGCAUCCUGGCGGUGCUGAGGGUGCUGGUGUCCCAGUCCACCGAGGACAUCGUGCUGUCCCGCGUACAGGAGCUCUCUCUCUCCCCCUCCCUCCUCUCCUGCGCCACCAUCCGCCGUCUCCGUGCCGACGGCGUCCCCACGCCGCCGUCCUGCGAGGCGGGCGACGGGGUGGAUGGGGAGCCUCAGAAAUGCCCCCCCGAGGAGACGCUGGCCAGGUUCCUGCUGCAGCUGGUGGGAGUUCUGCUGGAGGAGAUCUCCAGUAAGCAGGUGAAGGUGGACAUGAGCGAGCAGCAGCACACCUUCUACUGGCAGCAGCUGGGCACCCUGCUCAUGUGCCUCAUCCACAUCUUCAAAUCCGGCAUGUUCCGCCGGAUCACAGCGGCCGCCACCCAGCUGCUGAAGGGGGAGGGGGGCGAGGGGGGCGAGGGCAGCUUCUACACCCUGGAGAGCCUCAACAGCCUGGUGCAGACGCUCUCCUCCACCCACCCCUCCCUGGUGCUGCUCUGGUGCCAGAUCCUCCUCAUCAUCCACUACACCAACUACAGCUGGUGGUCCGACGUGCACCAGACACCCAGGCGGCACAGCCUCUCCAGCACCAAGCUGCUGAGCCCCCACGGGCCGGGGGAGGAGGAGGACCGGCCCGAGCCCCGCCUCUCCAUGUGCAACACGGAGCUGGUGCGCCGCGGCUCGCUCAUCCUCUUCUGCGACUACGUGUGCCAGAACCUGCACGACUCGGAGCACCUGACCUGGCUGAUCGUCAACCACGUGGAGGACCUGAUCACCCUGUCCCAUGAGCCUCCGGUGCAGGACUUCAUCAGCGCCAUCCACCGGAACACCGCCGCCAGCGGCCUCUUCAUCCAGGCCAUCCAAUCGCGCUGCGAGAACCUGUCCACCCCCACCACUCUGAAGAAGACGCUGCAGUGUCUGGAGGGGAUCCACCUCAGCCAGUCGGGGGCGCUGUUGAUCCUGUACGUGGACAAGCUGAUCAGCACGCCGUUCCGCGUGCUGGCGCGCAUGGUGGACACGCUGGCCUGCAGGAGGGUGGAGAUGCUGCUGGCCGAGACGCUGCAGAACAGCACAGCCCAGCUGCCCCUGGAUGAACUGGACAGAAUUCAGGAGUACCUCCAGAGCAGCAGUUUGGCUCAGAGGCACCAGCGACUCUACUCCCUGCUGGACAGGUUCAGAGCCACCAUUGUUGAGGGUUCGAGCAGCCCGCCCCCGCCCGUCACCUCACACCCCCUGGACGGGGAGCCCCCCCCUGCCCUGGAGAAUGUCACUGCGGACAAGGACUGGUACGUGGCGCUGGUGAAGUCGCAGUGCUGCCAGUGCACUGACUCCGCCCUCCUGGAGUCCACUGAGCUUCUGACCAAAGUGCCCCAGGAUGACCUCUCCUCCAUCAUGGCCUGCAAGGACUUCAAUCUGAACCUGCUGGCGCCCUGUCUGAGCAUGGGGGUGCAGCGGCUGUCCCGGGACCAGGGGAACGUCCUGCUGGUGACCGCGCUGCAGGUGACCAUGGAGCGGCUGUCCUGCGCCGUGGGGCUGCUUCCCGCUCCGCAUCAGGCCUACCCUCCCCCCGCAGGCCCCGCCCCCUCCCACCCCUACUGGGAAAAACUCAACGACGUCUACGGAGAGCCGGGUUUCUACCAGACGGUGCUGAGCCUGUGCCGAGCGCUGAGUCAGUACCUGCUGUCCCUGCCCAAGCUGCCCGUCGCCCUGCACAUCCGCGCGGACAACGCGGCCCUGAUCAGCGGCUUCACCAGGCUGGCCCUGGAGCUGGUGGCCUGGCGCGUGCUGCAGGACCAGGUGCCGCUCAGCCUGGACCUGCAGACAGCGCUGUCCUGCUGCUGCCUGGCCCUGCAGCAGCCGUCGGUCUGGAGCCUCCUGGCCUCGGCCGCCUGCGUGAGCCAGGCCUGCUCCGUCAUCCGCUGCAUGCGGCUGCUCAUACAAGCAGUGGCCGUGGAGCCGGGGGAGGAGCUCCUGCGGCCGGAGAGGAAGAGGACGUCUGCAGAGAGGGCCGCUCAGGAGGACCAGGUGGACGCAGUGUCCACAGACAACGUGUGCGCGCGGAAGGCCUGUGAGGUCAUGGCGGAGCUGGUGGACGCCCUGCAGAGCACCCUGGCCCUGGGCCACCCCAGGAACAGCCGCAUCCCGGCCUUCCUCACCCCGCCCCUGCGCAACGUCGUCAUCAGCCUGGCCCGCCUCCCGCUGGUCAACAGCUACACCAGAGUGCCCCCGCUGGUCUGGAAGUUGGGCUGGUCCCCCAGGCCGAGUGGAGAGCUGGGCACAAUGUUGCCGGAGAUCCCUGUGGAGUUCCUGCAGGAGAAGGACGUCUUCAGGGAGUUCCUGUAUCGCAUUAACACUCUGGGGUGGAGCAGCCGGACGCAGUUUGAGGAGACCUGGGCCACUCUGCUGGGGGUGCUGGUCACGCAGCCAAUCGCCAUGGACCAUGAGGAGGAGAGUCACCAGGAGGAGGACCUGGAGCGGACGCAGAUCAACGUGCUUGCGGUGCAGGCCAUCACGUCCCUGGUGCUGAGCGCCAUGACCCUCCCCGUGGCGGGAAACCCGGCGGUCAGCUGCCUCGAGCAGCAGCCGCGCAACAAGACCCUCAAAGUGCUGGACACCCGGUUUGGGAGGAAGCUGAGUGUGAUCCGAGGCACUGUGGAGUGGGAGAUCCAGGCCAUGGUGUCCAAGAGGGACAACGUCCCCACACACUACCCCUACCAGGCCUGGGACCCCGUGCCCUCCCUCUCCUCCUCCUCUAUAGGUACCCUAAUCAGCCAUGAAAAACUCCUCCUUCAGAUCAACACUGAGAGGGAGAUGGGAAACAUGGACUACAAGCUAGGCCAGGUGUCCAUCCACUCGGUGUGGCUGGGGAACAACAUCACCCCACUGAGGGAGGAAGAGUGGGACGAGGAUGAGGAAGACGAGACGGACGCCCCCGCCCCGUCGUCGCCCCCCACCUCUCCCAUCAACUCCAGGAAGCACCGAGCCGGCGUGGACAUCCACUCCUGCUCCCAGUUCCUCCUGGAGCUCUACAGCCAGUGGAUCCUCCCCGGCUCCUCCAACAGCAAGAAGACCCCCGUCAUCCUCAUCAGUGAGGUGGUGCGCUCGCUCCUGGCCGUGUCGGACCUGUUCACUGAGAGGAACCAGUUUGAGAUGAUGUUCAGCACUCUGUCGGAGCUGCAGAAGGUCCACCCGGCCGAGGACGAGAUCCUCAACCAGUACCUGGUGCCGGCCAUCUGCAAAGCAGCGGCUGUCCUGGGCAUGGACAAGGCCACGGCGGAGCCGGUCAGCAGGCUGCUGGAGACCACGCUGCGCAGCACACACAUUCCCAGCCGCCUGGGCGCGCUGCAUGGGGUGCUCUAUGUGCUGGAGUGUGACCUGCUGGAGGAGACCGCCAAGCAGCUCAUCCCCACAGUCAGCGAGUACCUGCUGUCCAACCUGCGCGCCAUAUCACACUGUGUGAACCUGCACAACCAGCAGCACGUGCUGGUGAUGUGCGCAGUGGCCUUCUACAUGAUGGAGAACUACCCGCUGGACGUGGGGUCAGAGUUCACUGCCGGCAUCAUCCAGACAUGUGGCGUGAUGCUGUCGGCGAGCGAGGAGGCCACGCCCUCCGUGGUGUACCACUGCGUGCUGAGGGGGCUGGAGCGCCUCCUGCUGUCCGAACAGCUGUCCCGUCUGGACGGGGAGGCCCUGGUCAAGCUGAGCGUGGACCGGGUCAACAUGCCCAGCCCCCACCGAGCCAUGGCCGCACUGGGGCUAAUGCUGACCUGCAUGUACACAGGGAAGGAGAAGUGCAGUCCAGGACGAGGCGCAGACGCCGACCUCACCGCCCCUGACAGCGAGUCGGUCAUCGUGGCCAUGGAGCGGGUCUCUGUGCUCUUCGACAGGAUCAGGAAGGGUUUCCCGUUCGAGGCGCGGAUGGUGUCGCGAAUCCUGCCCCAGUUCCUGGAUGACUUCUUCCCUCCACAGGAUGUAAUGAACAAGGUCAUCGGGGAGUUCCUGUCCAACCAGCAGCCCUACCCACAGUUCAUGGCUACUGUAGUCUACAAGGUGUUCCAGACCCUGCACGCCACGGGGCAGUCCUCCAUGGUGCGGGACUGGGUCCUGCUGUCCCUCUCCAACUUCACCCAGAGGACCCCCGUCGCCAUGGCGAUGUGGAGCCUGUCCUGCUUCUUCGUGAGCGCCUCCACCAGCCAGUGGAUCUCUGCACUUCUGCCUCACGUGAUCAGCCGCAUGGGGAAGUCCGACCUGGUGGACGUCAACCUGUUCUGCCUGGUGGCCAUGGACUUCUACCGGCACCAGAUCGACGAGGAGCUGGACCGGCGCGCCUUCCAGUCCGUCUUCGAGGUGGUGGCCUCGCCCGGCAGCCCCUAUCACAGACUGCUGAGCUGCCUGCAGACCAUUCACCUGGUCACCUCCUUCUGAGCUGGAGGGGGAGAGAGGGGGGGGGAGAGGGGGGAGACAGAGAGAGAGAGAGAGGGAGGGAGGAGAGAGAGAAAGAGUGGGGGGGGUAGGGGUAGAGAGAGGGUGAGGGGGGAAAGGCGGAGACAGAGAGAGAGGGAGAGAGAGCAUGAGAGCGAUGGAGAGGGAGAGAAAGGAAGAGAAUGAGAGAUGGAGGAAGAGAGAGACAGAGGUGAGGGGUGGAGAUGGAGAGGCUGAGGGGGAGAGAGAGGGCCAGAGGGAGAGAGCGAGAGGGAGAGAAAGAGAGAGAGGCAGGGAGAGCUGCUCACGCCCCCUCUCCUGAGGUACCUGUAAAGGAGUGUCAAAGCCCCUCUGGCUCCAGCUCCCCUGAGACUGCAGAGAUGCCCUCCAGCAGCCCAAACGCUCUGGACUCUCUCUCACACUUUUACCCUUAUCUGCUCGCGCCCGUUUCUCCCGAACCGUUCCCCUGCAUGGGCCCAAACGCUGAAGCACCCUCACGCAUAAGAGCUCCCCCAGGACCGGGAGAGAAAAACACUAAUGAACUAGUAAUUUGCACACGGUCCCUGGCAUGACUGACGUCGUGACAUGAAUGCAAAAGAGGACCUGCCCUUUCCAGAUGUUUUUUUUUUUGUUUUGUUGUUGUUGCAAAUUAAUGGACAUGUUCCGCUGGGUUGUACUACAUUUCUGCUUGAUAUCGAGGAACGUAUUUACUGAAACGUCACGGCAAUCAGAGCAGUGAGGGUGUGUGUCGUGCGUACAGCGUUUUACACUGGCUGUGAGGUGAGAGCAUCGCAAUUGGUCAGCUCUCUGCAGGCUGAGAAACUCACAGCCGGAACGCGAUUGGCGAGUCGGCUGUUGAUUUUCGCAGCGAUGUCAUUUCCUCUGCUCGCAGCGAUGUCAUUUCCUCUGCUCGCCCGCGCGUGCCCGUGUCUGAAGAAGCCGGGAUAAACCGCACACCCAGCUGACCUUCUCACGCCCGUUUUCGUUCCUUUUCCUCAUCGUUCUCAGGACGUAAGAUGUGAUUAUACUGACUGGAAGUGUCUUUUAAUAAACCCGCGUCUGUGUCGUGUACAGAAUGUCCAAUUGUAAAACUGAGCAAGGCCACUCUUUAAGAAUGCCACUCAUCCAUUUACACAUACAGUGCCAGGGCUGGGCACCUUUUCCAUACCGUGUGAAAUCUUUUUUUCUUUUUAUUUGCACUCAUCUUGAUUUUCCGAAGGAAGCAGUUAGAAUACUACUGAAUUGGUAAACUGACCCAGUGGCACAGCUCGAGACCUCCCAGGUGACCCAAUCACAAUCGCUGAGCAGAUCUGAAGGGUGGCCACCAGUGAAGUGAUAUGCAUAAAUGAAAUGUGUAAAUACAAAUCUUGAAGUAAAGAAUGAAUGAUAUAUAUGUAUAUGAAAAAAAAUCUAUGUACUAUUCUUGUAUAUUGAAUCCAGAUGCAUGCUAUAGUCUGCUUUUAAAUUAAAACAGUUAUUUUUUUGGUAGCAUUGGGAACAGUGAGAGAGACUAUCGUCUAGGCGGUCAUGAGUGAGGGAGCACCAUGGUCCUAAGGGAAGGCAGUGACUAUUGUAACCAAAACAAAAAAAAAACCCAGCACGCUCACUACAGUGUUGACAGAGUGGUCCAGUUCAUCAAUAAAAUAAAUAAAAAUAAAUAAAUAAAAACAUGGCCGUUUGAUUUUCCGGUGUUUCAGAGCUUUAAAUCGCACUUUAGUUCGUUCACUCAGUAGGAGGCCCCUGCUUUGCUUCGAUGUCCCGUCUUCAGCAGAUGUGCUGCUGGACCAUGACCUUCCUCCUGGGCUUGUUUUCACGUGACUGUCUCAGAGCACCUCUGCUUUUCCCCUGUCCAGCCAUUUUGAGCUGGAAGGCUGAACUGAUCCUAGAUCAGCUGUACCUGCUCUGAAAUUCCAUAGGAAUACAGGCCCAGGUCAUUUCUGUCAUUAAGUGGUGUUUACACUCUGUCAAAAUGUCCGGUAGUCCGACACGCCCCCAUCUCGCAACUAUCCAAGGCAAACCAUUAGCAUUACCUCAUGGGCACAGUUCCUUUUACAACAGCGAUGUAAUGUAACCGAUUUGUUUGCCGUACCAGUCAACGUGAUGUAUUUACACAAUAAAUGGACAGUUGUGCUCCA